CAGUUCCCCUUCCUACUUCAUAACUCGUUUUCGAUUUGGGCAAAUCUCGUUCAAAGUUUAGUCCAAGGUGCUGGUAGACGAAGAUACAACAAUGAAUUAAUCGAGGAAGUCUAGUUAAUAAAUAAUUUCCAUUCGUUGCAUUAACAUUAAAUAGUAGUGUUUCAUUUCAGUGUUAGCACCACACGUUGUGGGUUAGUUGGUAGUUAGCUGUUGAGCGACGCAGCGCGAUAAUUUUUAUCUAGCAAUCGAUAAUACUAGAAAUAAGAACGAUUUUCCGUAAGCAAAACACUUCAAAGUUGUGUGUGCGGGUAUUCGAAACAGUUCGAAAAUAUGGCUGCAGUUCUUCGUGCCUUUCACUUUGUUGUGGCAACAUUAUAUUUAUUUGUAUUUUGGUAUGAUCUAAAUUUUGUCGACGUACCAAUGAUGCAGUUUAAAAAAGACAUGAAAUUUUUCAAAGGCAGAUUAAAAUUCCUGACAAUCUGGAAUUUGAUUCUACAGGCUGUGUUUUUCACCAUUUGUGUUAUAAAUGAUGUCAUUGGAACAAAUGAAGAUGCGCCAAAAAAGACACCGUUUAUUCGAAGAAUCAAAGAUUUGAUUUUGACAUGCUUGGCCUUCCCGUUGUCAAUGUUCGUCGGACUCACGUUUUGGUGCAUAUAUUUCGUCGACAGAGAAUUGAUCUUCCCUAGGGCCUUAGACAAGUUCUUCCCGGUGUGGUUAAAUCAUGCCAUGCACACUAACAUAAUGAUAUUCAUUUUAAUCGAAUUGUACACGUCGUACCGAAAGUAUCCGUCGCGGAAGUUUGGCAUGAGUGUAUUAAGUGUGUUCAUGUUGAUAUACUUAAUUUGGAUUCAUAUAAUUCACGCCUAUUCAGGAGCAUGGGUAUAUCCAAUUUUGGAUGUGUUAAAUUUACCACUAAGAAUCGUUUUCUUCGUUGGGUUAUUUGGUUUAACUUUAUCGUUGUAUCUGCUAGGUGAAAAAUUAAAUGGGGUACUUUGGAGCAAGAGAUUACAUAUCGCGAAAAAGCGUUAAUGCUGAUUACGUGGCUAUAAGUCUUGUCAAUAAUUUUAGUAGGGUAGUUUGUUGUGGAAAAGUGCAUUUACUCACAGUGUGAUAGUUUGCACAACCUAGUGUUAAUGUGAUUUUAGGUACUUUAAUUCUAGCCAGCCAGGUUUGAGACUUUCACCGGUGUUAUUUCGGUGAUGUUGUACUGGCAAAAUUUUAAAAGAAAAAACAUUUUUAGACAUUUUAAUCUCAUCGUAAUUUGGUCACUUUUUAAUACUUUUAUGAAAAAAAAUUGAAAUUAUUGUAUAAAUAUAGAUAAGAUUGUGCCUGACAAACUUUGGCAAUAAAAUGAUUCCUUUGUAAUAUUUUAGGAAGAAAAACUUGUUUCAAUUAAUAUUGCGAAUUUUCACUUUACUUAGUAUAAAGUUUGAUACUUAAAAUUAAGCUCCAAGGGUUUACCUAAAUAAAUAGCAAAUAAUUAGUACCGUGUUUUAAGAACUAUAUUAGGUGUUAGUUAAAAGUUGUUGUGUAUUUGGCAUUCCAAGCUAUUGUUUAAUAAAAUAUGAUUAUUGUUUUA